CCAAGCUAUUGGUUAACAUUUACACAUCCCAACUUGUUAAACUAGUUUCUUUCAAAUCUUUAAGUAGUCUUAACUCCAGUCAGUUGACAAGGCUGAAAGAAUACUCAGGAUCCUGCUUAUUUGGAGAAGAAAUCACAAGGAAGAAGGAAGGUGGAGGAGUUUGCAUUCUCAUGUAUCAGCCAGGUAUCCUGGAGAGAAGAACACUUUCACUGAAACCAUGGAUGAUUGUCCUAAUUACUACAGCCAUUGUAUUGGCUCUGGCAAUAAUUAUUGGUCCCCUUGUUUAUUUUUUAGAAUAUGAUCAGACAACUCAAUAUUACCAGGCCUCCUUCCAGAUUCCCAGUAUUGACUACAAUCCAGACUUUUCGGUAGAACACUCAAAAAUUAAGACUGACCUGAAACAAAAAAUCAAUAAUGAGAUAGAUAAGAUAUUUCAAAGAUCCAGUCUACACAAUAAUUACAUCAAGUCUCAUGUUGGCAACUUCAGGCCAAAUAAUCAUGGUUUGAAAGCAGACAUACUGCUUAGAUUUAAGUUUACUUCUAACAGUGCAAACACUAUAAAGAGACAAGCUGAUAAGAUUGUGCAUAAGAAUUUGAAAUCCAACGAUAGCUUCUUGAAGAUAGAUACUUCCUUACCUUAUCUUAGAGAAGUAAAUGGAGCACAAGCAGAGCAUGUUCUGAACAGCUGUUGUGGUUUAGGGAUGGAGUACCCACCCGUGGAAAGAGUUGCUCAUGGCCAGAUUGCAAAUAAAGCUGCAUGGCCAUGGCAAGCCAGCCUGCAGAUGGACGGCAUGCACUUCUGUGGGGCCUCUCUGAUCAGUGCGGACUGGCUCCUCACUGCUGCACACUGUUUUGACACUCACAAAAACCCUAAACUAUGGAUGGCCAGCUUUGGAACAACCCUGCGCUCUCCACUGAUGAGAAGAAAGGUCCUGUCCAUUAUUGUCCAUGAAAAUUAUGCUGCCCACAAGCACGAGGAUGACAUUGCCGUAGUGAAGCUCUCCACCCCUGUGCUGUUCUCUGAAAACGUGCACAGAGUCUGCCUCCCAGGUGCUACUUUUGAAGUCUUGCCAGAGAGUAAAGUGUUUGUCACUGGAUGGGGAGGACUAAAAGCAAAUGGUCCAUUUCCAAAUACUCUGCGACAAGUGGAGGUGGAGGUCAUAAGUAGUGAUGUGUGUAAUCGGGUGUAUGUAUACGGUGGUGCUGUGUCAUCAGGAAUGAUAUGCGCUGGAUUCCUGACAGGAGAACGAGACGCCUGUGAGGGUGAUUCUGGAGGACCUCUGGUCAUUGUACAAGAUCAAAACAUCUGGUAUCUUAUUGGAAUAGUAAGCUGGGGAAUAGGCUGUGGAAAAGAAAACAAGCCUGGACUUUAUACCAAAGUGACUCAUUAUCGGGACUGGAUUAAAUCUAAAACUAACAUUUAAUGCAACAACUACCUCUAUAUCCACACUGUAAAUGCCAGGUAUAGUCUCUGGGAUAUUAUGUUUAGCAUGUGUGGCCAUGUGUAUUGUCCUAAAGUUCAAGCAGAGGAGUGUAGUCUGACAACCUUCCCCUUGAAUGUGAAGAAGGCAGUCUUUCUUUCAUAUCACUUCCAGUGUUUUAUCUGACCAUGAGCACAGAAGACACUGCCACUACUGCAGCAUCUCUGAUUACCUCCUUGUUCACUGUUCUGGUCCUACACAUACUAUUUAUUUUAGUGUAAUCUGCCACCUUAAUCAAAAAAAGUAUCAACUAGCUGGCCAUUUUCUACUUAUUCCUGACUGAGUAUGCCUCUCUGCCAUGGUAGCUCCACAGUUUUUACUUUCUCCAUCAAAUAACUCUCAUCAUGAAGUUGUUGCUCUACUGAAUAAUUAUUUUGGGCCAGUGAUAACACAAAUGAUGGAGGGAGCACCACACAGAAAACUGGAUGCAAAAGAUGUCAUGAUUAUAAGUCCACUCUCUUUCCCUUGGAUGUCCAUUUAACCUCUCUUUGAAACUUAAAAAUAGUUGAUAUUUAUAUUUGUACUCAAUGUAAAAUCACCUUUCAGUAUUAAAAAAAAGCCUAAAGGCAAAGUUGCUUAGCCUUGUUAUUAAUUUGAAAUGUGAAGAGGCAAGAAUUCAAUGAGGAGUUACUUUUAGCUCCAUGUCUAAAAAUGAAAGAAGUCCCAAUCCCUAUGUACAUUUACUUUUCACUUGUACUUUUCUUAUCUCUUAAUGCAUUUUCUUUAAAUAGUUUUCUUUUUAAUGAGCUUCAGAAGAGUUGAGGGACCUGCAGAAUAAGAAGUCAAUAUAAAUUAGAUAUUCAUACACAACUUACAAGAGAAGUCAAAAUAAAUUUAGAACAUCAUGAACAAUUUGAUAUAAGAUUGUGACAAAGACUUUAUUGUAUAAUAUUUAAAUUUAUUGUUAAAAAUGGUAGGCAUUGUUUGCAGAAUGCUAUUUAUAAAAAAUAUUAACUGAGCUAAGAAAGUAUCUUGGAAUAGCUCAAUUUUAUGAUAAAAAUGAUCAUUUUCAUAUGUAUUUGUGUGUUUUUACUGCUAUACAUGACUGUAGACCAGUAUUAAACAAAACUCAAACUUAUUCUGUGCAUCUAAAUUUCCCUUCUUUUACAAU